AUGGCGAAACUCCGGUUUCCCGACUUGCUGGCGUUUCUCACCAUUGCCAAUCUCCCCCUCGCUGCCGGUUCCUUCGGGGGGUUCGGGGGGUACGGCGAUGCAUUCACCGGGCGUAUAGGUCCGUUCGACGCCAACUCCACACAAUUCCUCGAGGCCAUCGCAGCCUCCAACGCCACAGCCGUCUACAAAAUCCCCGGCCAUGACGUCUCCAAACCCUAUCCGGGCGCGCCGAUCGACGGCUGGCGACUCCACCUCUCCGCGCUCGACAUGUCCCAGCCCCCAACCUACCAAUUCAGCGACGGGAAGCCCUUCAUCGGCUACAGCAUGACCAUCUCCGCCCCCCCGGCCCUCCUCAAGGCCAACCCGGACGGCGGCGGCAAGAUGGUCGACACCGACCCCAGCUGGGGGAUGUGCAUGUGGGCCUACGGGCACCCCAACCAGCUCACCAAGGAGCGCUACAACAACCCGGCCAACAAGCCGCUCGCCGCGGACGGCUCGUGCGCGGGGUUCCUGUCGGACGCAUGCAUCGCGGCGCUGGAAAAGGCCACCGAGGACGCGUACUCGGUCGCGGUCUCGGCAACGACAUCGCGGCCGCUUCGGCUCCCUCGCCCGAUGCAGCGAUCUGGACACGCCCGACGAGUGCGGCGAGACCUGCAGGAGUUUUGGGAUUCGCAGGUGCUGAAUUAUUGGGUGUUGGUUACAGCUAUGGUGAACGUGACGAUUGAUCCGGAUAGGGAGUCGUGGAAUCCUGGGCCGGGUCUGCCGAGUGUGCACUGCGUGGCGCCGAAUGGGCAAGGGACGGGCAAGGGGUUUACGUUUUCGGGGGUGGUGCCCGCGAAUGCCUUGAAUGGUGAUGGGGAGGAGGAUGGGGGUGGUAAUGUGGGUGCUGGGAACGGGGGAGGGGAUGAGGGCGGUAAUGAUGCGGGUGCUGGGAAUGGGGGUGACGAGAACGGUGCAAGGCUGGCCCGUAAUCGAAGACCCAGCGUGCCUUUCCAAAUCCACAACCAUUCCUUCUGA